UAACGUAGACUAGUGCUAUAUAAAUAGUUGACGUGAUCAAUGUCAAAACUCAAGCUUUCUCAAAUCUCACAUAAUUAUACGACAGUGAUCAUGGGAAAAUAUAUGGCUGAAACCAACAAGAGCAUGCAAGUACACAACAACGGCGGAGAAGAAGAAGAUAGAUUAAGUUCACUUCACGACACUAUUCUCACCGAAAUUCUCUCGCUCCUCUCGAUUGAUUCCGCCGUCGCAACCUCCGUGUUAUCUCGCAGAUGGCGUAAUGUUUGGACUGGACUCCCCUCUCUCAGUUUCGUCUCUUCCUGCGAAAAAACCUCAAAAAAAUUCAUCCAAAUUGUUCCUCGCAUCUUGCGAAAGCUCACCUCAAAAAAACUCGACGUUUUCAAACUUCACGUGCAAUCUCUCUCUAAGUUAAAUGAAUCUGGAUUCGCAGCAACAAUUUUCUGUGAAAUUCGUCGCCGAAACGUGGAGGAAAUCAGUAUCUUGGACCUUUCGCGCAACCAUUAUAAGUUUAUAUCUGCACCUGGUGUUUUGUUUAGAACUAAGUCUUUAGUAGUUUUGGAAUUAUCAGGUUUGCAUGACAGUUUCAUUGAUUUGGAUAGAGAUUUCAAUUUUCAACUUCCUAAGUUGAAGAAGCUUCUUUUGCACGAUCUUCCCAAUAUUCCUUCUUGGUUGGAGAUUUUAUGUAGAUCUUGUCCUACGUUGGAAGAAUUAAGUUUGAAGUUCGAAAUCUGCUUAUGUUGCCCUAAGUUAGAUGAUGGAUGUCCUUUUCUGAAUAUAGUUAGUCUCAAUUUAAAGUCUUUGAGGAUAGACUUGAAUAUUAAUGGACUUUUGAAAUUCUACAUUGUUGCACCCAAAUUGACGUACCUUUGGAUAUCGGAUCAGAUUUCGUUUCAUUACUUUGUCCAUAAUCCAACUAAAUUAGUCACGGCAGAUAUUCAAUGGACUGAUGGCGAGUCUAGUAUAUAUGAGAAACAUCAUGUUUUGCCACACUUUCCUAAUCUGACCUAUCUUUAUACUAGCAUAGAGAAUAAUGGUAUAGAGAAUAAUGGUCUAUAUUGCUGGAAGAAUUUGCUACUCUCUAUGCAAUGUUUUCCAAACUUAAAGCAUCUUAAGGUAAAAAUGGUCUAUGAAUGGCCCAAGCCAAUGAUUUGGUGUGCACCAGAUAUUGUUUCAGAUCAUUUGAUCAGUAAGAUCAAGAAAAUAGAAAUAUUGGGAUUUUGUGGCUCGGAGGAUGAGCUCCAGCUGCUAGGUUAUAUUUUAAGUCAUGCAAUUGCUUUGAAAGAACUUUACUUAGAUGUUGAGAUCAAGUAUGAAUUUGAGAAAGGAACUCGGCUAUGGAAUGAAUGGAAUUUCUGUAGGUCCUUAUUUAGUCUUUCAAGGGCUUCUUCUGUUUGUGAGAUUGUGUAUUCAGGACAGUAUCUCCGAGCAUCAAGCAAUGCCUUCAAGAAUGACACCUUUCAUGUGAAAUGUUCGACUUCUAAUUCACAAUAUAUUGCAUAUUUGCGUAGGCAGGUACUGAUGAGUUCUUGGUUCUCUUCUGAUGUAUGCAUAUAUUCUUUCAAAAAAAUAAUUCCUUUGCCCAAAUUCUUUUUGUUAAUUAAACCCACCUUUCCUUUUCUUUGUUCCCUUUCUUUAAUCAUACAGAGAUGCAUCCAUCAUUUUUUAGCAUUAUUGAGCUCAUUUCUUAAGACUGAUUUUUCUUACUAACUUAUGCAGAUUGGCUGACAAGAUUCUGACUUGUUUAAGCUGCUGAUUUUGUUAUACUUGCAACAAAUAGAUGGGAAGGAGAUUGAACAAAGAUUGGAGGACACUGUUUAUGCGAAUUCCACACCACGUUUGAGGAACUUCACCAAAGAAGAAAUUGAUGAAGUUCGGGAUAAGUUGGCGUCCCACAUUACCGAUGAUUGCAUAAGAUGAGAUUUAGCUCGAAUGUACUAGUUUCUAUCAAUCCUAUUUACACUUUUUACAUUAUUAAAUAUAUUUGAAGUUAAUUAUUACCUUUCUCCACUUGUCAUAUAUUAUCGUAUUGCAAUUGCAAUUUUUUUUUUUUUGUCCAAGGGAGGUUU